CGCUGUGGAGCCCGCAUCGCCUUUGCCUGCACUCUUCGCUUUUCUCCCGCCUCCUCUAUCGGCAUGUUUCGCUGGGCUGCUGCUGCUCAAUCCUUGGCCGGGAAGGGUCGAUCGUUCUCGACUUCUCUACGAGUCCGCCAGGCUGCGUCCGUCCCGAAUGUCACCCUGUUUAUCAACGGAAAGUCGGUGACCGUCCCCGCGGGCGUGGCUGUCAUCCAGGCCUGCGAGGCUGCCGGUGUCGAUAUCCCGAGAUUCUGCUACCACGAGCGCCUCUCCGUCGCUGGUAACUGCCGCAUGUGUCUCGUUGAGAUGGAAAAGUCGCCCAAGCCCAUUGCUUCGUGCGCCAUGCCCGUCGGCCAGGGCAUGAAGAUCAAGACCGACACCCCUCUGGUCAAGAAGGCUCGCGAGGGCGUGAUGGAAUUCCUCCUUGCCAACCACCCCCUGGACUGCCCUAUCUGUGAUCAGGGUGGUGAGUGUGAUCUGCAGGACCAGUCUGUCCGCUACGGCAACGACCGCAGCCGCUUCAGCGAGGCUGCCGGAAAGCGCGCCGUCGAGGACAAGCCCCUCGGCCCCCUGAUCAAGACCGUCAUGACCCGCUGCAUCCAGUGCACUCGCUGUGUCCGCUUUGCCAACGAGGUUGCUGGUGCCGAGGAGCUUGGCACCUCCGGACGUGGAAACGACAUGCAGAUUGGUACCUAUGUCGAGAAAACCCUCAACUCGGAAAUGUCCGGCAACAUCAUCGACCUCUGCCCCGUCGGUGCUCUCACCAGCCGGCCCUACGCUUUCACCUCGCGCCCCUGGGAGUUGAAGAAGACCGAGUCUGUCGAUGUCCUGGACGCCGUCGGCAGCAGCAUCCGCAUCGACUCGCGCGGCGUCGAGGUGCUCCGUAUUCUGCCCCGCAUGAACGACGACGUCAACGAGGAGUGGAUCUCGGACAAGACUCGCUUUGCCUACGAUGGCCUCAAGCGACAGCGCCUGACCACGCCUCUGGUCAAGAAGGGUGACCAGCUCGUUCCAGCCACCUGGCCCGAGGCCCUCACCCGCAUCGCCAACGCUGCCGCCAAGGUACCUGCCAGCCAAAAGGUCGCCAUCGCCGGCCAGCUGGCCGAUGCCGAGAGUCUGGUCGCCCUCAAGGACCUCUUCAACCGAUGGGGCUCGGAGCAGCUGCAGCUCGAUACCAUCAGCGGCGCUUCCAACGACAUCCGAUCCAACUAUUUAUUUAAUAGCACCAUCAACGGCAUCGAGUCGGCCGACAACCUGCUCCUGAUCGGUACCAACCCGCGCCAUGAGGCCGCCAUCAUCAACAGCCGCAUCCGAAAGGCCUACCUGCACAAGGGCCUCAACGUUGCUCUCAUUGGCGAGCGCCCCAAGCUCAACUACGAGGUCGAGCACCUUGGAGCCACGGCCAAGACCAUCGAGGAUGUUGCCAACGGCCACCCCUACCUCCAGACGCUGCAGGCCUCCAAGCGUCCCAUGAUUGUCGUUGGUAGCUCGCUGUUGAAUGGCAAGGACUCGGCCGCCGUCCUGGCUGCCAUUGCCAAGCUCGCCGAGAAGGUUCCCAACCUGAUCACGGCCGAAUGGAACGGCUUCAACGUCCUGCAGCGUUCUGCCAGCUCGGCUGCCGCCCUGGAAGUCGGCUUCGCCAGCUCCCGCGAUGCCUCCAAGGACGCAAAGUUUGUCUACCUCCUCAACGCCGACGAAGUCAACCCCGCCACCAUCCCCAAGGACGCCUUUGUCGUCUACCAGGGACACCAUGGUGAUGUCGGCGCGCACAUUGCCGAUGUUGUUCUCCCCGGCGCUGCCUAUACCGAGAAGGCCGCCACCUACAUCAACACCGAGGGACGCACCCAAGUCACCCGCGCUGCUGUCCCGCCUCCCCUUGCUGCCCGCGAGGACUGGAAGAUCAUCCGCGCGCUCUCCGAGGUCUCUGGAUCAACCCUGCCCUACGACGACAUCUCGGAGCUCCGAUACCGCAUGAGCGAGGUCUCGCCCAACCUCGUCCGCUACGACGAGAUCGAGCAUAGCAGCUUUGGCAAGCUGGGUCUCGGCCAGCUGAGCCAGCAGUCGACCGCUGCCGUUCCCUCAGAGCCGCUCCAGGUCCCCAUCACCGACUUUUACAUGACCGACGCCAUCUCCAGGGCCUCAACAACCAUGGCCAAGUGCUCCCAGGCUUUCACCCAUGACCAGAAUGACAACUCUGAAGCUGGAGGCUACGUCGCCGUGUAAAUGGGAGGAGCGUCCAAUAGAACAACCGGGCCAAACACUCAGACUCGAUCGCCUAUGGCGUCGUCUUCACUUCUCCCGCCCGCUUAUCCCCCUCUCUCUCCCUCCCUCCCUCCCUCCCCUCCGCUCCUUCUCCAGCCGCUGCGGUCCAUCCUAUUUCAAUUCGGUUCAUCUCUUCAUCUCGGCAGCUUGGCUUGGGUGGCAGAGGGGUUCCUCCUUGUCCCCGCUUCCAUCUGCACUCAUCCUGCGAGCAUGGACAUGUGUUCAUCGCCCCCCCCCCUGGGCUCGAACGGCGAGAAUAUAUUUUGCG